AGAAACACUGCGGUUGAAGACCUCCUGCCUCCACUCCUUUGUCCGUUUCUGCUUAUAAAUCGACUUACUCAUCUCCAGUCAUUAUAACAUCACUCCAGCGUACCCUCUCACUGAUAGCAAUUUGAAACGUCUGCUUUCAAACCUGCUGUUGUGCACCUCAAACUCAGCUUGUAGUUUUCUGUUUACCAGAAAAUCCACAUAUUUAGUUUUGCUCAAGGCUAAAUUUUGGAUACCCAAACCUAUCGAACGUGAAUUGAUUGACACCAAGGAGGCAAAGCAUAUGAAUAUCAAUCAGGUGUUCAUUCUUGCCAUCGCUGGCUUAUCUUUAUUUGCGUACCCGACCCUCGGUGCAUUGACUAGUGCUAAAUCCGCACAAAAAGCGGCCUCAACAGCUUCAGAAGGAGACAAAGCUGUCGGAGAUUUUGGAGAUAUAGGGAGAUCAACUAAUCUUUUAUCGAGAGAUCCACCUCUCGAUUCCCGGCAAUCACUUAAUGGUGAAAGAAACAAUCUAGAAAUAGCACAAGCUGCUUCAAAUACUCGGACUCAACCAACUCCAGCUUUAGCGGCACGACCGGGGGAGAAUCAAAAUGAAGAAACUGAAGCUCUGAAAAUUGUGCAGGAAAAGAGAAUUCAUAUUGCAGCUAACGAUAUCUUGAAGGCGUUAAACGAUGUCAAAGAUUUAGAAAAACAAUCGUCUCAAGGCACCUUGUCAAGAAUUCUUUCUCAUUUGAAGAAAAUCCUCAUGCGUCCCUGGAAGAAAUUCAUCGACAAGAGAUUGCGAAAAGCUAUAGCGCUCAUCUUGAGAAAUCAACCAGACUGGCUCCAGAGGUGGGCACAUGAAGUAGCAUCGUAUCAUCAAGUAGAUUUGGAACAUCGGGUCGUGGAAUUCAACAAAGCUAUAGCAGAUAAAUUGAGAAAUUCUGCCAAACUCAUUGAGAAAUACCACCCUGAAUUGAUGGCUACCUACAAAGAAAAUCAUGGCAAUAAAUAUCUGAAAGGAGCUGGGAUUCAUUUCUAG